ACCUUGCAUAUACCGAGAUAGUGCACGACAUGUAUUGUUCUUGUAACUUCGUGGUGAAUCUUACUAGUUUUGUGAUUAUUUUCCUCGGGGUCGGUCUACACGGCCUGAGCUGUGAUUUUGACAACGGACUUUGCGAUUGGCUCCAAAUUAACAGAGACCAAUUCGACUGGAGGGAGAAAAUCGGUCGAUCUCCAGAGGGAACUUCCGGUCCUCUGUCCGAUCACACCGGAAAUGGCAGUUAUGUUUACGUUUCGGGGGGAGAUAGUCAGGGCCCUCAGACAGUCGCCAUUCUUUCGAGCCCUUCUUUUUACCUAACAUCGCCCACUGUGUUCUCUUUCUGGUAUCACAUGAACGGAGUAGGGAUUGGGAACCUGUCGCUCCUGGUCACCGACAUGUACGGGGACCGGGUAAUCCUGUGGAGUAAACAUGGUCGCCAGGGCCCAGAUUGGCAACAAGCUACACUCCAUUUCGACAUAUCUGUGGCAAAAGUUGAAUUUGUUGCCAGUGCAAAGUACCAUUAUAACGCAAUAAUUGCUGUUGAUGACAUCAAAGUAAAUAUCGAACCUGUUGAAGUUGCAGGAGUGACAUCAGUCACCGAUGGAUAUACAAGCAGAGGGCCAAUACCAAGUGGUCAAUUUCCUGAUUGUCAUUUUGACCAGUCCAUGUGCAUGUGGCAACAAUCUACAACAGACGAGCUUGAUUGGCAUAGGGUUCAAGGUUCAUCUCCUGAUCGAAUAUCCGGUCCAACAGUAGACCACACUUCCGGAAAUGGUCAUUACCUCCUACUUGUGGGUCACGAGGCCCGAACUGCAGCCUGGUCAGCACACCUCUUCAGUCCACUUAUCUCUGUGUACGGCGCCACAAAGAUGACUUUUUGGUUCCACAUGAACGGUAUUGGAAUUGGACAUCUGCGCUUGAUCAAACGAACGAUGAACGCAAUGGAAUCCGUGAUAUGGACAGCGAACGGAAGACAGGGCACUGAUUGGCAAAAAGCGGAAGUUAUUCUCCAUCCAGGAAGAUAUCAGCUGAUAUUUGAAGCUUCUGCAAAGCUCCAUUACGGCAGCGAUUUGGCGAUAGACGAUAUUACAAUCGAUCCUCAUCCUGAACUUUAACCUUACACUGGACAGUCCAGAAUCCCGACUGAAAGAGCUGCAUCACUAUGUCCGGUCGAUUUGGUUUUGAUGUCGAUCAUAAAUGUGUUGAUUGAUAUUUAAUGAAUAAAUGAUUCAGCUAAUUACAAUUAAAUGUUUUAAAUUUUA